AUCUCUUGUCUGAGACGACCUCGAACUCUCCCUCUCUCUCUAUAUAAGCACAGCAGCAGACACUAUUCUCGCACAUCUCACAUUUUCAUUUCCCUGAUGGAUGUUGAAAAAGCUCUAUACCUCUUGUUGCUUCUCCUCACUCUUCUCUCAAGCUCCAAAGCCAAGAAGUUCAACGUUGGUGGAAGCCAAGGCUGGGUUCCAAAUCCUUCCGAGAGUUACAACAACUGGGCUGGAAGAAACCGAUUCCAAAUCAAUGACACAAUAGUUUUCAACUACAAGAAAGGUUCGGACUCGGUUUUGGAAGUGAAGAAGAAGGAAGAUUAUGAGAAGUGCAACAAGACAAACCCAAUCAACAAGUUCGAAAAUGGUGACACUGAGUUCAAGUUUGACCGAUCAGGACCAUUUUACUUCAUUAGUGGAAAAGAUGGAAACUGUGAAAAGGCUCAGAAAUUGAUUGUUGUUGUUUUAUCCCCUAGAAAAUCGCCAUCACCUUCAUUACCACCAUUGUUGCCACCAAAAUAUUUGCCUUCACCCUCACCAAAGACAAACCCACCAACCGUUUCGCCUUCCUCUCCACCGUCCCCAGCGGUUCAACCUCCGUCAAACUCAAUAUCUCCGAAACCGGCCAACGGGCCUUCAGCGGCAGCUCCGGGACCUGAAAACUGGUAUUCAGCGACAGCUCCGGCACCUGAAACCAUGUACCCGGUGACUUCUCCUCCGGCACCGCCACCGGAGACGGGAACUCCACCGCCGUUUCCGGCGGGGCCAAUUUCUCCACCUCAGUCAUCCGCGGGGCCAACUUCCCCACCGCAGUCGCCGGCGGGGCCAACUUCUCCACCGCAGUCGCAGCCGUCUAGUUCAACGGCGCCGUCACCGACGAAUGGUGGUUUUGCCAAGGCUCCUUCAAACGCUUUGGUGUAUUUCGUUACAAUUGUCGUUGGUGGUGUUAUGUUGCGUUAUUGAAAGUUCAUUUUGGGUUGAAAUUUAAACAUACUUUAGUAGGGACAUGUUGUGUUAAGAAUGUUUUUAAGAGGACUCAUGUGGUCGUUAUUUUGAUGUUUUUUCUUUUAAUUUGAUUGGCAUAUUAAUUAUUAGGAUAAUUUAUAUAUAAAGAAGAUUUGUAUAAUUUUUU